ACAGAGAGAGAGAGAAAAUGAUAUACACACCAAAGAGAGGAGUUGAUGAAUCAUUUAAAACCUAGCCGAGGAGGAGUGAACGCUCCAUCAGUUCCUGGAGUAGAGGGUCCACACUGGUCCGGGGGCUCUACAAGACCCCGGUGGAUCUGCGGAAGCUCCCCCACAUUUCUGUAGCUUGCAGGUCUGCUACUAGCAUUUCCUGCAGGUUGUGGCACUAUGGGGACGCAGCUGGAAAAGCCUGGCGGCUUCUGUCUGCUUUUGUGCUUCCUUCUGGUCCCGGCGCGAGGACUGGAGAGAUCUGACCCCGAUCGCGUGGCCUACGUCACCGAGCGGGUUGCCGUGGCGCUGAACAGCACGGCUCUUCUGCGCUGCGGAUCGGCCGUGCCUACCCUCUUCAUCUGGGCAUUCUCCAAAAUGGGCUCCAGUAUCAACAAGGCCAUCGCCUACAACUACGGCCAGGGUGCCAAGAUCCUCCCUCUGGCUUCUACCCUGGGACGCGCCUCCCUGCCUGCCAACACCUCCACCCUUCACCUAGAGGGGGUGGAGGCUGAGGCGGAGGGCCUGUAUACCUGUCAGGCUCUCUAUGAUGCCAGCGAGGAGUCCAGGGUCACGUUCUACUACACCCAGCUGAGCCUUGAAGGUCAGUUAAAUGCAGACAAGGGCAAAGGACCAGAUCGUGCGCCUCCGGGGCCCACCUGAAGGGCAGUGCGCCCCUUCGUGUGGCCUCCGCUAAACUGGUACAAACAGCCUACAGUGUGUCAACAUUCACCACCUACUAUAUAUGUGGGUCUGUUUGUUUGUGUGUCUGCGUGAGUGCUUUGCUGUUUUUGAUAUGCUAAUAAACUUUUUCGGAUUUCA